AUGAAAACAUUUCAUGGUAGCCUCCAGCUAAUGCAGUCCUACGUGUCUCGUGCCUACUGGGUUGUUUCUGCUAGAAACAUAGCAAAACGUGUCCAACGCCAGUGUGUCGUCUGCUUUAAGUAUAAAGCUCAAACAUGUCAACAACUAAUGGGCAACCUGCCCUCUGUGCGUCUACACCCAACCAGGGCAUUUAAACAUAGUGGACUAGACUAUGCCGGCCCAAUAAAUAUAAAAACAUCGUCACUUAGGACAGCAUCAACCACAAAGGGCUACAUCUGUCUUUUUAUCUGCAUGUGUACCAAAGCGAUACACUUGGAAGCAGUGACAAGUCUAAACGUCGAUUCAUUUCUAGCCGCAUUCAGGCGCUUUAUCUCUCGAAGAGGUUUAUGCAGCGAUCUUUAUUCCGACUGUGGAACAAAUUUCGUGGGUGCCAACAAAGAACUUCAAGUCCUCUAUCAACGUAAUAAAUCGUCGCUACCCGAGCAUCUUGUAGAAACGCUCGCAAAUCAAGGCACUACCUGGCACUUCAUUCCCCCCGCUUCACCCCACUUCGGAGGUUUAUGGGAAGCAGGAGUGAAGUCAACAAAACAUCAUCUGCGCCGCAUAAUGAGAGACCGCAUACUUACCUACGAGGAACUCAGCACUCUUUUGGCACAAAUUGAAAGUUGCCUGAAUUCUAGGCCUUUAUGCCCACUGUCAGCAGACCCCGCUGACUCCGAUGCCCUCACACCGGCUCAUUUUCUAAUUGGUGAGGCCACCAAUUGUAUUCCCGAAGAAGACUUGCUUUCUGUGAACAUUGACCGCUUGAGUAGAUGGAAAUUGGUUGAACGCCUCAAGCAAAACUUUUGGGAUCGCUGGAAUAGAGAAUAUUUGUGUCGCCUUCAAUCACGUCCAAAAUGGAAUAAAAUGGAACGAAACAUCAGAGUAGGCGAUAUAGUUCUCCUCCUACACGAACGAAGCGUUCCGGGUCAAUGGCCACUUGCAAAAGUUGAAAAACUUCACCCUGGUAAUGACGACUUGGUACGAGUUGUCACACUGUAUUGUAAUGGCAAAUACAUUAAACGCCCUAUCUCCAAAGUAUGCCUCCUGCCAUCAGAUGAAGUUCUACCUAAAGAAGAGAAAAUUCUAACAACAUAA